GGAGCACGGCUCAGCACGGCUCGGCUCGGCUCGGCAUGGGGGGCCCGCGGCGCCUGCUGCUCAUCUCCAACUCCACCCUGCACGGAGGGGGGUACCUGGGCCACUGCCAGCAGCACAUCCAGAGCUUCCUCGGGCAGAAGGUGAAGCGGGUGCUGUUCAUCCCCUACGCCCUGCACGACCGCGACGCCUACGCCCGCACGGCCAGGGAGAAGUUUGAAAGCCUGGGUUAUGGGCUGGACAGCAUUCAUGAAUCUUGUGAUCCAGUGGAAGCUGUAAGAAAAUCUGAAGCAAUAUUUAUUGGAGGUGGGAACACAUUCCGUCUCCUGAAAGCCCUUUAUGACAACAGUCUGAUACAUGAGAUCAGGAAGAGAGUGCUUGAGGAUGGGAUUCCUUAUAUGGGAUCCAGUGCAGGAACCAAUGUUGCUACCAUCAGCAUCAAUACCACCAAUGACAUGCCAAUUGUUUAUCCACCUUCCCUGAAGGCUCUAGGAUUAGUUCCUUUUAAUAUUAACCCCCACUACCUGGAUCCAGAUGUUAAAAGAACUCACAUGGGUGAGACAAGAGAGGAAAGAAUCCGUCAGUAUCACGAAGAACCAAACACCCCUCCAGUUCUGGGCUUGCGGGAAGGUACAAUGCUGUUAGUGGAAGGAGAUAAAGCCACGCUGCAAGGAGUGACAGGAGCACGUCUGUUUUUGAGGGGUAAGAAACCAACUGAACAUGAGCCUGGAACAGAUUUCAGUUUCCUCCUGACUGAUAGCAAUCUCCUGAAUCCAUAGCCUUCCAUAUUCUGCAGGAAAAGUUACUAUAUGGGGAAGACAAUGAGGAAGAAGAUGCUUAUAGUCCCAGGGUGGGUGGUGAAUCUCAGCUUUAUAAAUUAAGAUAAAUAUGCAUUAUAGAAAUAAAUAUAAAUAUGCAUUAGUGGGCUCUUAUCCUCACCCCGAUGCAUGUUUCAGACAUCUCAUUCCCAGCAAAAAGACUUUUUAUUGCAGUACUUGGCUAAUCAUAGCUAUUCAAAGCUUGAAGGGGCCUGUACAUUCAUGUAUUCACUUUGAUUCCUUCCCCACCAAAAAACAAAAGUUGCCUUAACACAAUUAAGACAGGACACUGAGUCAGCUGUUCCCACUGCCUACUUUUACCUGCUAAAUUAAAGAAUUGUUCAUUCAGUGUACUCCCACACUUAAUUUAAUUUUUGUGCUAUUAAUAAAGGGAGAAGUUUUGCAU